UUGACAUAGUUUUUAAAUUCUUUCAAAGUUCAAAAAAAUAUUUAUAUGAAAAUUAUUUGUGAUUUCUUGAACUUAUAAAUAUAAUUUUUUUUUUUAAAUUUUUUGUGAAAAAAAUUAAACGUAAAAAUUGGUGCCGCAAAAUCCCUUAUAAAAAAACCAAUCCAAAAUCAAGAAACAACCCAAGAGCCGUUAAACGAUAGUGCAACUAUAACAAGAUUAAAUAGUGCUGAACAGUGUGUACCCAUUAGAAGUACCCCCAAAAUGGCAAGAGGAAUGGUUUGUCCUCGUCCCUCGGCUCGUAGGGGUCGAUCAAGUCGACGAUCAGGAGGUCGUUGCCUAAAACCAGGACCAGUGGGACGUAAUCCCUAUUUGAAUUUCUUGAGACAAUUUCGAAAGCAAAAUUGUGGCUUAUCGCCAGUAGAAACAAUUCGCGCUGGUGCCAAAGAAUGGAAACGUUUGAACAAGGAGGAACGACUUCGCUUUAUAAAGGAGGCAUUUUAUGCUCCAAAACGAAGAAGGCAAAGUAACAUGUGUGGACCGGCAAGCAGUCGCAGAUCUUCCAAACGAAGUAGCUCAAGAAGAGCUGGUCGUUCCAGACGUCGUGCUAUGUGUUAAGUUUUUGAGUUGUUUUUUAUUUUUCUUUUUCAAAUUGUAAAUUUUUGUUUGUAUAAUAAAAUUGUUUUUUUGUUAAAAUAGUAAAAAUAA